UUUGGGUUGGGAACUUUGGGAUUUGGGAUAUUUUGGGCUCAGGAUCCCACCCCAACCCCUCUCCAGGCUCGGAUGGAGCAGGACAUGAGCAACAAGCGGAUUUGGGUUGGGAAUGUCGGGAUUUGGGGAUAUUUUGGGCUCCCAAUCCCUCUUCAGGCUCGUAUGGAGCGGGACAUGAGCAACAAGCGGAUUUACGCCGAGGAGGAGCUGCCGGAAUCCGGGGCCGGGAGCGAAUUCCACCGGAAGCUGCGGGAGGAGGCGCGGAGGAAGAAAUACGGGAUCGUCCUGCGGGAAUUCCGGGCCGAGGAUCAGCCCUGGAUCCUACGGGUCAACGGCAAAACCGGCAGGAAGUGAGGGAUGGGAUUGGGAUGGGAA